CAUAAAUCAGCUUGAGCAUUUCCUCUCAAGGUUAGUCGGGCAGCAGCGUGCACGACUGCAGGUUGAACAUUUACCACAAACAUGCUUUGCAGAGUUGCACACAUUCGCAGCUGCGCCUCCAGUCUCGGUCAAACCAUCAGCCAGGUUGCUGCAUCCAGGCAGAAGCACACGCUUCCCGACCUGACCUACGACUAUGGCGCCCUGGAGCCCCACAUCUGUGCAGAGAUAAUGCAGCUGCACCACAGCAAGCAUCAUGCCACAUAUGUCAACAACCUCAAUGUUACAGAAGAGAAAUACCAAGAGGCUCUUGCUAAAGGAGAUGUGACUGCACAGGUUUCUCUCCAGGGUGCUCUGAAGUUUAAUGGGGGAGGCCACAUUAACCACACCAUUUUCUGGACAAACCUCUCGCCAAACGGUGGAGGUGAACCACAAGGGGAGCUGAUGGAGGCCAUCAAGCGAGACUUUGGCACCUUCCAGAAGAUGAAAGAGAAGAUGUCUGCUGCCACGGUGGCAGUGCAGGGAUCAGGCUGGGGUUGGCUAGGUUACGAAAAGGAGAGUGGAAGACUUCGCAUAGCUGCUUGUGCUAAUCAGGAUCCACUGCAGGGGACGACAGGUCUGAUCCCGCUUCUUGGCAUUGACGUAUGGGAGCAUGCUUACUAUCUUCAGUACAAGAAUGUGCGGCCUGACUAUGUGAAGGCUAUGUGGAAUGUAAUCAACUGGGAGAACGUGAGCGAGCGUCUUCAGACAGCCAAAAAGUAGACUUCUAUACCUCAACCUCCCCUCCAGCACUUUUCUCCGUAACCUGGAUCAAAUAGUGGUUGCAAAUAAUUUUAUGUUUAAUCAGACUUGAAGCUUAAAUGUUCAUAUAUUUGGUGGAUUGAAAGCAAAAUAAACCGUCUUGAACACAGUCAUUUCUGACGUUGACGAUGUUGUCUUCAUGGACGAUGUUCACAGGUUGAAGCAACCUGUCUUGGGUCCCGUUCCAACUGUUACCCUCAUUUUGAAAGCGCACAAAAAAAAUUAACGUGCCACUUGAAUAUCAAAGCCGGCUUUUGUUGAUCACACCCAACUAACGGGUGCCGUAGUAGGAGUGCACAUUCAGUGAGCUGUGUUUUUGUCCGUUGUUGGAUUAUACCAAAAUCAGACAUUGGUAUUGCAGUUGAUGUUUUGGAUGUAAUAAAGUUAUAUAAUUUUAA